CCCUCCCCUCCGCUGGAAGAGUCGCUCUGCUUUUUCUGUCUGCAUCUGUGACAUUUCAACCUGAUGACUGGAGCUGUCAGCACCGUGUGGAGUUGGGCUCUGCGAUUUUUAAAUGUGUAUGGUUAUAUUCGCUCCGAUUUUUGCCAUCUGUGCUUUUGCAACAUGUGGAGGAUACUAUGGUCACCUCCAGGUUAAAGUGGACUGUGCAGACAGGAGGCAGAGCAACCUCAGCAUCAACAUUGAUUUUGGCUAUCCUUUCAGAUUACAUCAAGUGCAUUUCAAGGCUCCUUUGUGCGACGUGAAAAGAGAAGAGAUUCUUUUCCUGGAUGGCGACUUCUCCUCAGCUGCUCAGUUUUUCGUGACUGUGGGUGUUUUUGCUUUCCUCUACUCACUGCUGGCAACAAUUGUCUACGUCUUCUACCAGAACAAGUACCUGAAGCACAACAGAGGCCCACUCGUGGAUUUUGUUGUGACAGUCAUCUUCUCCUUCAUGUGGCUGGUCAGCAGUUGUUGUUGGGCCAAAGCUCUCUCUGACAUCAAGACAGCCACAAACCCAACACAGGUGCUUCUUCUCAUGUCUGCCUGCAGAGCUCAGGAAAACAAAUGUUCAGUUACAGAGGAGCCUCUCUGGUCACGUCUUAAUACAGCAGCGGUUUUUGGUUUUGUUAAUGUGGUGCUCUGGGUUGGGAAUAUUUGGUUUGUCUUCAAAGAGACGGGCUGGUACAAGACUGGGCAGAGAUACCCGACCAGGAGUGCUUCUGGGAAACGUUCAAGUGAAAUGCGACAGCGACUCUACAGCGAGAGCAGCUUCGACCAGCCAGAGGAGGGUUUUGGUCUCUCCAGGCAGAACAGUUUCAAUCAGUCAAAGAGUGAUUUUGGUCUGCAGAGACAAGCUAGCAUCAACCAGUCACAAGUAAGCUUCAGCUUACCGCAGACAUAUCUGGGUAAACCGGUCAUUUAUGAUAGACGGGAUAAGGUCGUUUCUAAAGGGCCCAUGAUAUUUGUCAAUGAGAUGUGAUAGCUCAAUAAUGGGCAUUGUGUGGAAAUGACAAUGUGUUGUUGCCAUGUUUAGUUUCUGAAUACAUGAUUACUCACUAAAUAAAGCUCUGAUGGCUUGUCACAAAAAGUAUUUAUAAUAUAAUAGAUUUUUUUAAUGUAAGUUAUACCAUCAAAUGAAGAAAUUUUGAGUUAUUAAUUUAAUUACGUUUUGCUCUAAGAGUAUUUGAGUUGCAUAUUUAUUUAUUUAUUUACUUUAAAUGUCUAAUUUUGUUAUAUGUUUGGUGGAUCUUUGGCGAUAAGCAGGUGCUGUUGUGGACUGUUUGCUGUGUAUGUCUCAGUAAGUCAUCAAGUGUUUUGCAGUCAAAACAACGCAAGAAAAUACACUGCGGGAUGAAAUGUUGUAUUUGGUUAGUUUGCAAUUUGCAUGUGUGCAAGAUCACUGUAGUUUAUCCACCAGAUGCAAUGUCCUCGCAAAUAAGGACACCAGCUAUUAGCGGGACAAAAAGACAGUUAGUGCAUCCAACGACAGGAAAUAUGAGGGUCAUUUAAUUACUCAAUUUCAAUCCAGUUUUCAAACAUUUAUAAUUAAGCUAAAUACAUCUCUGUUGAAACAUAAUGAGAUUUUUGACAAGCCUUGUGUCAAAAAUCUCUUGUUCAGCAAUAUUCUUGUGUGAAUGCUAAACAUGUAUGAAAACAACCAGAAACUACACUGGCACCUUGUUUGCAACAUGAAACCCAGUCACAGCGGAGAACAGAUAAUGUUUGUUAUAUAACUCGACGCUUUCUGGAAGGUAGCCUAAACAUUCGCUGUGAUGGUCUCUUGCUGCAUUACACUUCCUUAGAAUUAGAAGUCAUAUUUAAAUAUUUUAUAAUGCGCAGUGUUUGUUUACUAUGUUAAAUAAAUGGUUUAAUCAAAUUAUGUCAAGUGUUGUGGUAGAUAUACACAGACUAAAUGAUUUACUCCAUGUCUGUUGCCUUCAUUGAAAAUGUUGAAAAUUUCCCAAACAAACAUUUUUGAGCUCAGGAGUAUUGAGAUUCUAUUCUAUCAUGAUAUACUUCAUGCCUCUGUGAAUUUCUCAUUUACUGUGACUACAUUUGAAUUGUCUUGGAAGUUCUUGACAUUAGGACAAAUUGCUUUAGCGUAAUGCCGGGGCUUUAUGAAUUCUACAUGUUUUGAAUCUUACCUAUACUGUAAAUGGAAAACACUUUACAUUACAGCACAUGUUGUGGGCUAUACAGCAUAUAAAGAGUAUGAAAAAGCAGUGUGUCGGUGCAGAAGUAUAACCAAUGUGCUCCAGUUCUCUCAAUAAAUAUUUAAUGUUUUAUUGUAUAAUUUAUUCACUUUGUCAUUAUUGAUGGAUUUCUUGAUAUUAUAAUCCAUGUGUGUCAAGUCCACCUCUCUUUCCCUCCAAAGGACAUGAGGACAACUCAAUUCAAAUUUCCAACUCAAACUUUUAUUUUCCUUUUAGUUGGUUGGUCAUGAUAUUUCAAUAGGUUGUAAACCUUUAAAGACAGAAACAAAUUUCACACCAUCAAACACAGAACCAAAAAGUUGACAUAUUACCCACUUAACCAUUUAAAUGAAUCAAUCACUUAAACCUUUUUAAAGCAAAUAAAGAAUAACCAACAUUUUAGUAAAGUUUAGUAAAGUUUUAACAUUUAACAGAACAUAUAUAUUUUCUAUAUUUUUACUUUACUUAAAAUCAAAAUGAAACAUCUUAAUUCAAACUCAUUUGACAUAAAAAUGAAGUAAAUGCUGCAGGCUUUUAUUAACCAAUCACACAGUGAGCAGUUAACAUAAACUUGGCCAUAUCAAGAAACAUUUCAAACCACCAGAAAAGCAAAUAAACAUUUCACCAAC